GCACUACCCUUUUCUCUCAUCUCUAUUAGAGCCGACACUGAAACCUCACCUCACAUUACUCCAAACUCACAGCGAACUCUAUCCCAGCUCUAUUCUACAGCAACCUUGCCGGUCAUCAGGAUGUGGAUGGUGCUGCUGGGACUCGUGUCUGGAUUACUGGCCUCCUCUGGAUCAGAGGCGUCCACAGUGGUGAGCGCCCGGAGCUGCAGCUAUGUUGGAGUGUUUCAUGUACAAGGGAGCGAACGCUAUAGUCUGACGUAUGAGAUGGCCAAGAGCUUGUGUGAAGAGUUAUUAUCUUCAUUAGCCACUAUGGAGCAGGUGGAGGAAGCCUAUAAAAAAGGACUACAGACAUGCAGGUAUGGCUGGGUAAACAGCACAGAGCUGGUGAUUCUCCGUCACAAGGGAAAUAAAGUCUGCGCUGGCAACCAAACCGGCAUCAUCAAGAAGAUUCAAGAUGGAAAGAAAUAUGACGCCUUCUGUUACGAUGAUACAGAUUUGUCAGUGAAGUCCUGCGCAGCUGAGAUCCUUGAGAUUUUAAAUAAAACAGAUGUCACCCCUGUCACAGCAUCUACAGCGGUCACGACAGUCCAACAAGACACUGGAGAGGAUGAUAAUGUAACUUCAACAUCUGAGGUGUUGAGAGAUUCAACAGCGUCUACUCCAGCUCUCUGGACACAAACCAGUGCCACAGUGAGCCCAGUGGAGGACAAUGAGACUGAUCAGAGACACGAUACAAACUAUACAGAGCAUAUAGAGGAGUCCACAACCUCACAACCAACUACACACACCACAGAGCUGGCAAUGAGCGAGAGAACGUCCAGUCAUGAAACACCAGCCAAUAAAACAGAUCCAGGAUAUGUCAACCCAAAAAACAGGUCUUCGGGAUCAGAUACGGUCGGAUCAUCAGACUGGCUGGUCAUUUUAUUGACAAUUUUGGCAGUUGUUCUCAUUCUGCUUCUCUGUGUUGUUGUAGCAAGAAGCAAAAGAUGGUGUGGCAGGAAACAGACACUGAUUAUCACAAAAAAGAGCAGCAUUGCAGAAAAAGGUGCACCAGUGCCAGUCACUCGGGAGCAGGAGAUGGUCACACUCGUCAACAAUGAAAAGAUCACCAGCAGCAACUCAGAGCUAGUCAACAUCAAUCUGGAUGAGCCGACAGAGAAAACAUUCUAAAACUUGACCAGAGAAAGUGAUAUAGCAACAAAAAACAAUAAAUGGGAAUCAUUGAGACUGAGAUUUGAAGUAAAUCAAAAGGAGGUGAAGGAUGAUAGGCUCAAAUCUGAGUUCACGAGAACAGCCUGCUGUAUUUGUGUGUGUGUGUGUGUGUAUUCAUUUUAUAUUUCAGUAUUAGUAAUUUUUAAUUUUACACUAGUAUACGUAUGUGGAAAGUAUUUUUUCCAGUGGCUUUGCUUGGUAUAAUAACACUGGUGAAAUCAGUGCUUGUCAGAUGAAAGACGCAACUAAGAUUGUUCAAUAAACUCAGUUGUUUCCAUCA